UUGCAUUGGAAUGCUCUUAGUUUAGAAAAACAAGUCGGUGGGUCCGCUACUCCGCUUAGAGUGUUUUGCCUGUUUGGCAGAGGGGAAACUCAGAAGAAUACGCAAGGAAAUUCCGCUUCGGCAAGAAAGGGAGAACUAGGAUUUCAAUUCACAGUGAGGAAAAGCUAUGGACGACCACGAAUUUCGGCGUAUCUUGGAUCUCUUCCCCCUCGUCCGAUCCCGAGAUUUUGUUGCUGAAUCAGAAUCAUCAAGUAGACAAUCAUCUUCUAAGCCGUCGCAAAAUGAAGAGCUAAAAGAUUGGCAAGACGCAUGGGAAGAAGGAAGUAGCAAAGAAGUUGAAAUCAAAGGAACUGAUCAUAAUGAUGCAUUUUGGAAGAAGCUCAAGUCAGCUGUUGAGGGAAAGGUUGAUGCAGCAGAUGCAGAGAAAUUUUGCAAGACAUUUCAGAGAAUUCAUAAUCAACUUGUUAAUAAAGAACUGAGUUCAGAGGCUGCCCAAAAUUUUCUAAACUUGUCAAUUUCUGACAAAUAGGCUAAAGUACGCUUUGUACAUUUGCUUGUUCCUUUUUUUAUUAUUUUUUUAAAAUUAUAAAUGGCAUAAUUGGAUUUCGGCUUGUGUGAAUGCACAACUGCUUGGAUCAAAUUUGUUACUUUUAGAACAAGUAAUGGAGAGGUUAAAUCUAUGGAGAAAAGAGAGUUUAUAUAGUCCGUUGUAUUGUUUGAUGUAGGUCUCACAAUUUAGUGCUCCGAAACUGAAACUGUGUAUAACAAUAGAAAGAGUACUUCACCAUUGUCAAUUCUCUUGCGUACUCAAGAUAAUAUUUUGAUUGAAACAUAUUCAAACUUCAUGAUUUGUAGUUUGGUCAAA